AAAGAACGCAAAAAGAUAAAAACGUGUAAACGAAAUGAUGGCCGAGAACGGCACAGUAUGGAAGAGCGACUACCCCAGGAGGCACAUAUACUUCCUGGGCACCUUAGGAUUACUUUUGGGGCUUGGAAUAAUCGUUCUAGAGGCAACCAUGGUUGUAUAUAGAGACGAUAUACGUCUCAAUGACAUCCGCAACAACCCGUUACUGCCUAUCGCCAUCACGGGUCUUACCUUUGGAGUUUACUUUAUCAUCUUAGCCAUCGUAACUGCCUGCGCUGCAAAAGCCAAAUCCAGAUGCAUAACAAUAACUUUUCUCGUCAUGAGUCUCAUCGCCCUAGCGCUGGACUUGUGCUUACUUUCAUUCCACGGUCUCCAUCUCAUCACUCGAUGCAAUCCAAACGAAUUCGAAGGACUUGGAGGCAAUUUCGGCAUACGGAACUGCCGCAACGAAUUUGAUCACGUGUUGCUCAUUAAUCGACACGGUACCUCCCUAUUGUUGAUCAUCAUCGGCACAACCCUGCAUGCCGUUGUCAAUUUUUGCUCCAUUCUUGUAUCCUUUUAUGUUGUUUGCCACUUCGAACAGUAGAAAUACCUGAUCAAUGGCGGCAACGGAUCUCAUCGCAACAGAUAACUGUUCUUAUCUUUUAUUUCAUCGUCGCAGUAAGAUGACAUCAUCCCGAUUGCAUGAGUUAAAAUACACAUCCUUUUUUUUUUUAAA